AUGACCUCGGCAAAACAUCAUCAAUUAAAAGCAACGAUUGUUAAUGAUUCGUCCCUCACUAAUAAUCAUCUUUACAAGUACUUUGAAUACAUAGGGAUAAGCCCCGAAGGGAUCGAGCAACACUUUGGUUGCUGCUACAAAAGAGAAUUGAUUGAUAUUAAUUUCGUUUUCUGUAUAAGGAAGACUAAAGCCUUAAAUGAAAUGUAUUGUCUAGUGAUGAGAAAACGUUUGAAACAAGCAGCUGCUGCAAAUGUUUACCAGUCAGUUGGAAGGCUAAUGACUUUACAGAAAAAAGUUUUUGAUGGGUUAUUAUUACAAGUAAUCGGGGGCUUCUUCUUGCAGGAACCAAAUUUGAUAGCAUUUCUUAAAACUAAAUGUGGUAGGAAAGAGUGA